AUGGCUGGGCUGUACAGCUCGACCCUGAAGACCCUGGAAGACCUCACCUUGGACUCCGGGUAUGGGGCAGGGGACUCGUGCCGCUCCCUCAGCCUCUCCUCGUGCCAGUCCAGCUCGCAAGCCUUGGCCUCGUGCCAGCCCCGGGGCAACUGGUGGUCCCACUCCAUGAACAGCCGCCACAGCAGCUGGGACACGGUGAGCGCCCCGGUCCUGCCGGAGGACCCCGAGGGGGCGGACGUCUUCGCCCGCUGCGCCAAGCUGCCCGAGCUGGAGGAGUUCCCGUGGAGCGACGGGGACGUGGGCAGGGUGCUGGGCAAGGGCAAGGGCCAGGGCCGGCGGCGCUUCGCCCCCGACGCCGUGCGGAGGCUCUCGGCGCUGCUGCGGCGCCCCUUGCUGCGGAUCUGCCGGGAGGCGCAGCGCCUGAGCGGGGUGCACUGCAAGUGCACGCGCCUCGAGGUGCAGAGCGCCCUGCAGCUGAUCCAGAGCUGGUCCCUGGCGGAGAGCUGCGUGCUGGCCGCCGUCAAGGCCCUCUCCCUCUACAGCAUGAGCGCCGGCGACGGGCUGCGCAAGGGCAAGUCGGCCCGCUGCGGCCUCACCUUCUCCGUGGGCAGGUUCUUCAGGUGGAUGGUGGACACCAGGAUCUCGGUGCGGGUCCACCAGUACGCCGCCAUCGCGCUGGCCUCCUGCAUGGAGAACCUGGUGGAGGAGAUCAGGGCCCGGGUGCUGGCCGGCCAGAGCCCCGACGGCGGAGGAGGAGGAGGAGGGGGCGAGGUGUCCGCCGAGGUUCUCGAGAUGGUCAUCAACAACGACGCGGAGCUCUGGGGCGUGCUGCAGCCCUACGAGCAUCUCAUCUGCGGGAAGAACGCUAACGGUGUGCUUUCUCUGCCGGCGUACUUCAGCCCUUACAAUGAUGGAUCCAUGGGCAGCAAUGGACGGGCUGAUGCUUAUGCCCAGCUAGAGCUUCGAACGUUAGAGCAGUCUCUCCUGGCCACAUGUGUUGGAAGCAUCUCUGAGCUGAGUGACUUGGUGUCACGAGCAAUGCACCAUAUGCAGUGUUUGAAUACCCUCCGCCCAGGCAUGAGCCCCGUUCGACAGACCAGGCAGCAGCAGCCGAUCACCUGGUCUCCCGAUGCCCUUCAUACCCUUUAUUAUUUUUUACGCUGCCCUCAGAUGGAGUCCAUGGAAAACCCCAACUUGGAUCCACCAAGGAUGGCCCUCAAUAAUGAGCGGCCCUUCAUGCUGCUGCCCCCACUUAUGGAAUGGAUGCGGGUUGCUAUAACCUACGCUGAGCACCGACGCAGUUUCACAGUGGACAGCGAUGACAUCAGGCAGACAGCCAGGCUGCUUUUACCAGGGCUGGACUGCGAACCCCGGCAGCUCAAGCCUGAGUGCUGUUUCAGUUCCUUCCGGAGAAUGGAUGCCAAGGCAGCCACUGAAAAAUUCCAGCAAGACCUGGGGUUUCGAAUGUUGAACUGCGGAAGGACAGAUUUGAUCAAUCAGGCUAUAGAAGUGUUGGGUCCUGAAGGGGUUAACACAAUGGAUGAUCAGGGUAUGACUCCACUGAUGUAUGCCUGUGCUGCUGGAGAUGAAGCCAUGGUUCAGAUGCUGAUUGAUGCUGGAGCAAAUCUAGAUAUACCUGUUCCUGGCAGUUCUUCCCGAUACCCAUCAGUUCACCCUGACAGUCGGCACUGGACAGCUCUCACCUUUGCUGUGUUACAUGGACAUAUCUCUGUGGUUCAGUUGCUGCUGGAUGCAGGAGCCCAUGUCGAGGGCUCUGCUGUGAACAGUGGAGAGGACAACUAUGCUGAGACCCCGCUCCAGCUGGCUUCAGCAGCAGGCAACUAUGAGCUGGUCAGCUUGUUGUUGGUCAGGGGAGCAGAUCCGCUCCUAAGUAUGCUGGAAGCGAAUGGGAUAUCCUCGUCUCUUCAUGAAGACAUGAACUGCUUUAGCCAUGCUGCUGCACAUGGACAUAGAAAUGUCCUACGCAAGCUCCUGACCCAGCCUCUGCAGUCAAAGGGAGAUGUUCUCUCACUGGAAGAGAUUUUAGCAGAGGGUGUGGAAAGUGAUACUUCCAGCCAGGGAAGCUCCAAUGAGGGCCAAGUUAAGCUGUGUAAAACUAGGAUGAAGGCUUUGCAGGAAGCCAUGUAUUACAGUGCCGAGCAUGGCUAUGUUGAUAUCACGAUGGAACUCAGGGCACUUGGAAUCCCAUGGAAGCUCCACGUGUGGAUUGAGUCACUGCGGACGACUUUUUAUCAGUCUCGUUACUCGUUGGUGCAGAACCUCCUGCGUGAAUUUGUCACCAUUAAGGAAGAAGACUACAAUGAGGAGCUGGUCACUGAUGGGCUGCAGCUCAUGUUCGAUAUCCUCAGGACCAGCAAAAAUGAGUCUGUCAACCUGCAGCUUGCCACCAUUUUUGCUCACUGCUAUGGAAGCAGCCCCAUCCCCAGCAUUCCUGAAAUCAGAAAGACCCUACCAGCCCGGCUAGAUCCUCACUUUUUAAAUAACAAAGAUAUGUCCGAUGUAACUUUUCUAGUGGAAGGGAAACUGUUUUAUGCACACAAAGUUCUCUUGGUUACUGCUUCAAACAGAUUUAAGAUAUUGAUGGCCAAUAAAACAGAGCAAGACAGCCAAGGAAGUAAGACUGUGGAAAUUAGUGAUAUGAAAUACAAUAUCUUCAAGCUGCUGAUGCAGUAUUUAUAUUACGGGGGAACAGAAUCUUUGGAAAUUCCUACCACUGAUAUCUUAGAGUUGUUAUCCGCUGCAAGCCUGUUCCAAUUGGAUGGCCUCCAGAGACACUGUGAAAUACUUUGUGCCCAGACCAUCAGCACAGAAAGUUGUGUCAAUAUCUAUAAAUAUGCCAAGAUUCACAAUGCACCUGAGCUGGCCUCCUUUUGCGAGGGCUUCUUCCUCAAGCGCAUGGUGUCACUGCUGGAGCAGGAGCCUUUCAAACAGCUCAUCUAUGGCAGGAACAGUAAGGUUCAAGGUCUGGAUCCUCUGCAGGACUUGCAGUCCACUCUGGCCAGCCGACUUCAUUCCAUUUACAUCACUUCCAGGGUGUGACCAUCAGGUGGAAUGACGGCUGACACAUCGACUCAAGCUGCACUAGGAUGGGACCUCGCCAGCUAAGGCUUCCUUUUCUGGCUUAUGGGGACACCUGCUUAUGGAGAGAGAACUUCCUCAAAGAAGAUGCUUCCAGAGCAAAAGAUGUCUCUGGAGAUCAUCUCCCGAUGCCCCGAUAAAUUAAUCUGGAAGC